AUGUCAGGCGACGUGCGUGCUAAGGACAACAAGUCGUCGCUGAGCCAUCGCGCCCAGCAGAAGUUCAACGCAGGCAAGUACGAAGAAGCUGUGGAUGCACUCGAGAAGCUCGUGGAGGAGAUUGACCCGCGUCAGGACUUUAAGGUGCGUCACAAUGUGGCGCUCGCCCGGUUCGCAGCGGGGCUGGACACGCCCGGCAAGAUGCAGCUCGCACUCCAGCAGAUCCUGCGUACCCAAUUGCAGGAAAAUGACAAGAAACCAGCUCUAGCUACUGCUACAGCUGCUGUUGCUGGCAAUGAUGCGGUGAAUGGAGGAGACGCUGCUGUUGGUGUUGGUCUUGCUGCCGAGGACAGCGGGUCGUUCUCCAUUGAGCGAGAAAUGGCCUACUUGCGGUACAACUACGCGGCGGCCUUGUUCCUGUCCAAGCAGUACGCACAGGCAAGCUCGGUGCUCGAAGCAGUGAUGCGCAACGUGGACCCCAUCGAUGAGAAUGUGGCGAUGCACGCUAGUUUCCUGUACCUGGACGUCAUUUUACACAGCAGCAGGGGGUGUGUGAGCACAGAAAGAGAGCGCGCUGCAACGAGCAAGAAGGCGCAGAGCAUCUUGGCAUUCUUGGAGAAGCCGCAUCGGUUCAAUACGGUGCAGCAACCACCUGAUCAUCUGGUGCAGCGCGAUGCCAAUGGCAAUGUAGUCGAGACGGAGAUGCAGAAGAAGAACCAGUGGGACGUGACGGAGUUCCGCUUUCGGCUGCACCUGUAUCGCGCCAAGUCCAUGUUGCUUCAGAGCAACUUGAAGACAGCGAAGAAGGAAGUGAAGUCUGCACUGGAAAUCUUCCAGAAGGAAAUCAAGACGUAUGACAGGGGAGAUGCUGCCGCGACACCGUCAUCUCUGCUUGCUCUGGAGUCGGAAAAGACGAGCGCCGCUAUCGGGCAUCCGCGCCUCGUCGUGCAGAACUCUACAGCACUGUUUUUGAAGGCAAAUCUGGAAUAUUUAAAGAAGAACUACAAGAAAUGUAUAAAGCUUCUUGCAUCGUGUACACAGGAGGCCGUUAGUGAGAGUGUGUUGCUGAAUAACAUGGGCUGCAUCCACUUUCAAAUGGGGCAGCGAAAGGCUGCGCAGUCAUAUUUCGCCCGAGCACUGCAAGCGACAACAAAAGCUACGAAGAUGGAUGCAGUCGUCAUUGCGAGUUCGUGCCAAUACGAAAUCAUGUACAAUAAUGGCCUGCACCUGUUGCUGCAAGGCGAGUUUGCGCUGGCAUUCCGGUGCUUCCACGAGUCGUCGCGGCUGUUCUUCAACCGGCCCAAGCUGUGGCUCCGCCUCGGUGAGUGCUGUACUGCGGCAUUUGCGAAGGAGCAGAAACUGGCAGCUGUAGCCGGGAACACAAGUGGUUUGAUCCAGGGUAUCGUGGGCACCGGUUCACAUCGCCGCGUUCUGCUGCCCACUAGUUUGCCGUCUGCGGCAUCACAGGACAUCAAGCUUGCUGAAAUGAACGGCAACGGCAGUGGGCCUCGCGCGGCGUCGGCUGAUGCUAAUGAUGCGGAUGGCUCAGCUACGAUGAGUCUCCCGUUCGGUGCGAAGUGCUUUAAGAAUGUGGUCUUGCUCUGCAACCAACUUUUGGAUUCCAGAAGCGUGAACGGGAACACCACCACCCCAGUGGGUGGUGCUGACGGACCAGAUAGCGACACUCUCGACGCAGAGGCUCUCAACGUGCUUCGCCAGAAAGCGCUUGUUAACCUGUCGUAUGUCUACCUGUCGAUGUACGAACCUCAGCUUGCCAUUGCAAGUGCGAAAGAGUUGCUGGCGCUGCCUGCUUGCUCGAAGGCAAAUUGCUUCUUGGCGCGUUCGUACACUGCAGAGGCUCUGUGUAUGCUGUCUCGAGCAUCUGAGGCGACGGACACCUUGCAGUCAGAGCGAGACUUGAUUGCCAUGGCCGAAGAGUAUGCACGAGAAGCCAAAAUCCAGGUGUCACGAGCUCGAGCUGGUGUCCAUGUGAAUAACGCAACUGCGCUGUUGCUGCAGGGUCGCAACUCAGAAGCAGAGGAAAGCGUAACGCGGGCCGUGAGGGAAAACCCGAGUUGCCGCGAGUCGCUCGAGCUGUUAGUGUAUGUACUGCUGAAGAAGGGCGACACAAAGAAGGCACUUCGUGUACUAAAGGAGGCACAGGUAGCGCAGUAA